GUCUAAAUUGGAGAUCAAUUUCUACUAGAUCUCCUUCAGUAAGUAAACAAUAUAUAUACCACUAUAAAGAUUAUUCUGGAAGUUAAUAAUAACUAUUAUUUUAGAUGUCUGAGGAGGUAUCUGUUGUCCAGGAGGCAGAAGAGAGUAGUUCAGAGAGAAAAGGUCAUGGCAAUUCAAUUGAUGAAUUAAGAAAGUCUCAUUGGCCUACAGUAUUAGGUAUAGAACAAAGGUUAGGAGGGUUAGAUAUUGGACUGGAUGAUGAUUUCUUAUCACAGUCUUUUAAAAAGCAAGGUAGGUAUUUUUUAUAUAAAUGUUCUGUAAAUAAAUUAACAUACUAAAUUUAAUUAUUGCAGGAAUUAUAGAAUUACAAUCAGGUAGAUCCUAUGAACCUAUUAAUUCUCUUUCAAAGUAACAGGAUAAAUAAAAUAUUCCAAGAACUAGCUAAUAUAUUACAUAUACAGAUAAAGAAAUUGAAGAAAAUAAGACAGGGACUAUAGAGGAGGAAGAAGUAAAUACUAAAAAGAAAAAGGGAAAAGAAGCAGAAGGUAGGAUAGUAUUAUAUAUAAUAUAACAUAUCAGAUGCUAACUGAAUUCUAAUAGGGUCUCAAAAGUUAUUUACAAUACCUGGUAUGCUAUUAAGAACAAACUAUAAGUACAUACUAAUUGUACUGCUAGGUAUGGCAAACUUACAUGAGAGUUUUGAAAAAGGAAAAAUAUAUUUCCAGAGGGAAGAAGGUUUAGGUAUGUAGCAUAGAACAGAAUACCUGAACUAAAAUAAAACUAACAGGUUAUACUAGGAAUAAGAGAGCCAGGAGAGGAAUACAGAGAUUGGAUGCAGAAAAUUGACUCAGGUAAGUUAUAAACAGGAGGAUUAUUUACCCUGAGUAUGCAAACACUAUUUUCACAGAAAAAGCUAACUGUAAUAUUUUAAAUUUGAAUAUAGGAUCAGAAUUUUCUUACAAAGAGGAGGAGGUACCAGACCAAUUGGAUAACAGUUGGAGGAAGGAAAUAGAUUCUGGUAAGUCAUAAAAAAUCACUUUCCAAACUUUGCUUAAUAUAAAAUCUAUUAAGAAAGAAAUUCUAAUUCUGAUUAUCAAAUUUAAAUUUAGAUGCAGAACUAUUUCAGCUAGAAGACCAGGAAUUAGGAGAGGAGGAAAGAAGUUGGGGUGAGGGAUAUUCUGGUAUGCUAUAGUAAAUCAGAUUCCUUAUAUUAAAUCACUGUGAAAGAUAUUCUAAUUUUAAUGUUUUAUUUUAAUUUAGAUUCAGAAUUGAACUCCUGGGAGAGAGAGCAGAGUUCAGAACAUAUACUAGCAACCACUAGUUUCCAGGAGAUUGGAGCUAAGGAUUCUGCUCUAGGACCAUCAUUGUCUUUGUUUAAGAGUCCAUCCUCACUCUCAACUUCAAGUAAGUCCAGUUUACAGGUUCUAUAA